CGCCACACGACAACGCACAACGCUCUCAGCCUCUGGUCAGGACACCUCGGACAGACAUAAUCGUGCCACACACAGCAGAACCUGCGACGAGUUCAGCACACAGACAGCUGUUUCGUGAAGAGCACCUCGCUUAGCACCGGCCUUGUUUCAUCAAGCUAGGAACUUGUAGAAGUCAAGCUCUCCUUAGCAGACGGACAGCAAGCAGCACGAAGAGCAACAAGAGCAAACGAGCACACGGACAAAAGGGGGACACGAUGCCGGCUGACGGAUCUUACACGAUGCGGGCGCAGCCCCGGCGACGGAAGGACGUGAAGGAUGAGCCCAUUUUCCUUCGCAAGACGUAUGAGAUGAUCAACACCUGCGAGGACGUGCACGCGGCCUGGACUGCUGCGGGCGACACCUUCGUGAUCAAAGACCCAGACACGUUCGCCAAUGAGGUUAUCCCACGGUUCUUCAAACACAACAAGUUCAGCUCCUUCGUCAGGCAACUUAACUUUUACGGCUUCCGCAAGGUCAAAUCCAACAUUACUGUGGAUGGGCAGGACAGCAAGUGGUGGGAAUUCAAGCACGACUUGUUCCUUCGCGACAAGCCCAAUCUCCUGUCAGAGAUCCGCCGCGCCACCCACUACGGCGUCACGCCGGAAAAGCAAGAGGUGGAUGACCUGCGAUCGGAGGUGGGGAGCUUGCGGCUGCAGGUCGUCGACAUGGACGGCCGCAUCGACGCGCUCUCGCGCAUGGUGGACCGACUCCUGGAGGAGCGCUCGGCCAGCGGCGCGGGCGUUGACGUCAAGCACGAGAUCCCGCCUACCGCAGGCUGGGCAAAGAAGCGCCGCCUGGCCGGGGAGUGGGACGGGAUGGCAGGCGCGAACGAGUCCGAGAGCGGCGCCGUUGUCGGGGUCGCGGCGGGACCCCCUCGCGUCAAGAUGGAGGCGACCGCAGGGCCGACGGCCGUGUGCGGCAGCGGCGAGGGCGGGGAGAAUGACGCCGUUGCUGUGCGGGUCAAACCUGAGCUGUCGGAGGGACCGGUAUACCAGUUCUCUAUGGGGACGGGCGGUGAUCCCACGGCUGGCGCGGGUGACUGUGACGGACUUAUCAUCGGCGGCGGAGCUCUUUGCCGCGACUCUUCGUUCUUGCGGGACCUCGACAACAUGAGCGUCGGUUCGAUGGGCGGCGGUGGGUCCCUGGGCCCCCUUGAGCUGAUUGACGUGGCGUCCAGCGAGGAUGGCGAAAAGCCUCGCGCCGUUGGCAGCACUGGCGAGGACGCCAUCAACGAGAGCUUCUUCGACCUCGACUUCGACGCCGAAAUCACUUCCAUGCCUGGCUCUGACCUCGCCUCGAAAGACGGCCAGCGGCAGCAACAGCAGCCAUCCGAGAGCGAGACAGCGGCGAUCGAGUCUUCCUCCGCGAAUCCUGCGGCUUCUGCAACGUCGACCCCGGCAGCGCCAGUAUCAGACGUGGCCCCGGCCUCGGUUCCGGGUGUCGUGAACACCCUCGCGAACGGCCGGCGCGCGGGUGUGGCGGAGCCCCCUGAGAUCGCUCUUCCUCUGGCCAGCGCCGCGAUCGGGGCGUUCAUGGUCCACUACGCGACGGCGCAAGCUGUGAAGGAGCCGGCUAGCGCGGUGGCGGCCGUCGCUUUGGACAAGUCGAGGCAUGCGCUCGAGCGGACCGCUUCACUUCAUUGAGCAGCAGCGGGGGAGGACGGGGGAGGGGCUCUGAAACCGUGGUGCCACUUUUCAUGUCUGUUUUUUGUUGAGUUAGACGUUGUGUCGGGAUGGAGAAAACCCCACGGUUGCCUGUCUGUUCUUGUAGUGUAGAAUGGGACGAUCAGGAGGUAUGUACGUGCGCGGCUCUGUCGGUGUACAAAAGAGUGGGAGGGUGUACCUCGGCUGAUACGGGGGUCAACGCGUCCCUUGUUGCUGCAAGUGGGAGGCCCUGACCGAGAUCUGGGAAGCUGUUUCCCAGCCCGUUUAGCGUUUAUUUAUUUUUUUUGUACAGGGCGGGAUCGACGUAAAGAUUUCUGACAUUAGAGGGCGUCUGGACGUUUUCUGUUCAGAUGCUAGGCUUGCGUAACUUUGUUUUAGCAUUCCCGCGUUGAAGUUUUGCCGUGCCUCGGGUUUUCCUGCAUCCUUGAGUGAAGGCAAGCAAGCACGUAAGCAUGCGUCAAUUGUACAAAUGUGCUCCAGUUUUUCCUACUUCGUACUUCGAAGUACAGUACAAAUUUUCGUUUUUUCACGUUGUACUUUGUCUUUGUCACGGUACGUGGGGGGGUGUACCAGCUUCAGUUUUGUUGGUAUUGUGUACCUGCACCUAUUCACUUGUCUUGACAACGGUGACUUCAAGAAGAGGUGCCGGACUUGAAACUGCCCCCCCCUCCCUCGUAGGCCUUGCUGGAAAGUAACGGCCACCACAACCCGAGCUGGCAAGGGGCUCUCCGAAUAAUUGUGUUGAACCCAAUCAGAGAAGGGUCCGUUCGUUGUCCAUACACAUUUUUUGAACCAGCUGCCACCUCCGCUCCCGCUUUUUCUUUCCGGUAACGCUUUUUUUCUUUUUUUUGUGGGCGGCAGUCGGUCAUCACGUACGUGCAUGUGCUGCCAACCCGAAAGUUCUUCGGGUUUUGCCAAAACCGAGUUGGAUGUGGUGUUGGAACGCAUA